UAUCAAACAACUUCCCUAUCUUUUAAUACAAUGAAAUUUACCUUAGUCUCUUCUUCUAUUGCUCUCCUUGUUACGGCUCUCGCAGUCGAAGCUGCACCCGGUGGUAAAAUCCUUUCCGUUCCUUUGCAAACCAAUGGUAACUACAAGCCCAGUAUCAAGGCCUCUUUAGCUAAAGUCGCUGCCAAGUACUCCAAGCACAAGAUUAAUCCUCUCUUGAACGUUCCCGGCGGUCUUGCCUCUACUGAGGGCACUGGCUCAGUUCCUGUUAUCGAUUACGAAAUCGACAUUGAAUACUAUGGUACCGUCUCUAUUGGUACCCCUGCCCAAAAUUUCAAGAUUGAUUUUGAUACCGGAUCCUCUGAUUUGUGGGUUGCUUCCACUUUGUGCUCUACCUGUACUACCCAUACUCGUUACGAUUCCACCAAAUCCAGCACUUAUGUUGCCGAUGGCCGCACCUGGUCCAUCGCUUAUGGUGAUGGUUCUACUGCCUCCGGUAUCUUGGCUACAGACACUGUUACUUUAGGUGGUCUUGCUAUCAAGAGUCAAACUAUUGAAUUGGCAAAGAAAGAGUCUAGCAGUUUUGCUUCCGACCCUAUCGAUGGUCUUCUUGGUCUCGGUUUCAACACCAUUACCACUGUCAGUGGUAUCAAGACUCCAGUUGAUAACUUAAUUAGUCAAGGUUUGAUUACUUCUCCUGUCUUUGGUGUCUACCUCGGAAAGGCUAGUAAGAACGGUGGCGGUGAAUAUCUCUUUGGUGGUUCCGAUUCCACCAAGUACACUGGUACAUUGAAGACUGUUCCUGUCAACAAGUCUCAAGGUUAUUGGGGUGUCACUGUUAGUAGUCUCAAGGUUGGCACUACCUCUGUUGGUACCUCUUUCAGCGGUAUCCUCGAUACCGGAACCACCCUUUUGAUUUUCACUGAGACCAUUGCCAAGAAGGUCGCUGCUGCUUAUGGUGCCACCGAUAACGGUGAUGGUACUUUCAUUAUUAGCUGUGACAGCUCCAACUUCAAGCCUCUUGUCUUCACUAUGAAUGGAUCUACCUUCAAUGUCCCUGCUGACUCCAUCAUUUUUGAACAAGAUGGAAGCACUUGUUUCGCCUCAUUUGCUUACAGUUCUGGUAUGAGUCUCUCUAUUUUGGGUGAUGUCUUCUUGAAGAACAAUUACGUAAUCUUUAACCAACAAGUCCCCAGCGUCCAAAUCGCUCCCUCUAUUGAUCAAUAAUUCGAUUAUCCCAGAACAUUAAUCUGCCUUAUCCAUAAUUCUAUUAAUUCAAGUGAUUAACACUUAAUAUUAAUUUAUCAAUUAUUCUUAUAAUAAUAAAAAACCGAAGCCUUGAUGGUUUUAUAAAAAUUUC